AUGGAUAUCGAUUUGAGGGGAUUUGGUAUGGAUCCGGCGACCAUCGCUGCUAUCGCAAGCAUGUUUGACGUCGCCGACGAAGUUGAUUACGAUAAACCCCACCCGCCGUCGCGAGCAUACGUUCGAGAUGCUAAGGCAAUGAGAAACACGCCGGCAGAUAUCAUAGAGUACCCGAACUCGUACCAGUUCAUCGUGGACAUGCCUGGGCUGAAGCCGGAGCAGAUCAAGGUGCAUGUGGAGGACAGCAACGUGCUGGUGGUGAGCGGGGAGCGGCGGAGGGAAAAGGAAGAAGGGGUGAAGUAUGUGAGGAUGGAGAGGAGGGUAGGGAAGCUGCUGAAAAAGUUCAUUUUGCCGGAAAAUGCAAACGUGGAUGCUAUAUCUGCUGUGAAUCACGACGGUGUGUUGAAGGUUAUGGUAGAGAAGCUGCCACCGCCGGAGCCGAAGAAACCUAAGACCAUCCAAGUGAAGGUGGGGUCGCCCUCGGAGGAAGCUGCGCCGGUGAGUGAUGGAAAGGGUACAAGUGGACAGCUGGACAAAUGA